AUGGGAGUGAUAAAAGAAGGGAAAGUGAGUGGAUUGAUAACAAUCAAUGAGGGUUUUGCAGUUCAUUAUCCUGGCUAUCCUUCUUCAACAUCUCGAGCUAUCCAAACUCUUGGAGGGACUGAAUCAAUUCUCAAGGCUCGUAGUUCACAAUCUAAUAAGUUGGAACUGUAUUUUCGCCCUGAGGAUCCAUACUCGCAUCCUGUGUCAGGAGAGCUUCGCUCUUGUCAUAAUAUGUUAUUGAAAAUAUCUAAAAAGAAGAAGAAGUCAAGUCCCAUUAAUGAUGCGAAGCAAGAAACAGAUGAGUUUCAUGCUGAUAUUGUUGCUAGAAUACCAGAGGCAUAUUACUUCGAGGGUUAG